AUGAACUUCUUCUCCAGAAGGUUAGAAAGUUCAAGACACAAUCUGCAUUUGACAUUGCAAAAAUCGAAUUUAUUUUCGAAAAUGUCAAAACAGAAAAAUUCUCCCCUCUAGGCGUUGAAAAAAUCACCCAAGUGCCUCCAUUGAUAUUAUAAUCACAUGAUCAGUUAAGAAGAUUCUCACAAGAUUGACUGGUUCAAAGGGAAUUGGGUGGUUGAAAACCAAAAGCAGACUCCAUUUCUUACAACUCUUAAAAAUAAAAAUCGAAAGCUGACUUGUGACUUAUUAUACGCAAGCCACUGAGCCUAGAAUCGCUAUAAAAACCCGUUCACUUCACAACAAUGAACCAUCCCCUAGCUACUUAGAAAUGGCACCACCUCUCUCAAUUCCUCUAUUGCUUCUCACAAUACUAGUCUUUUCUAGCACAUUGUUCUCUUCAUCAGAAGCUAGAAAUGGUAUCAAAAUCUCCUCUUUAAUCAGCCAAGACUUGUACAACUCGAUUUUCUUACAUAAGGAUGAUUCUGCAUGCCCUGCUAAGGACUUCUACCCGUAUUCCGCUUUCAUUGAGGCAACUGAACGGUUUCCCAGGUUUGGAAGCUGCGGUAGCCUGGCUACCAGAAAGCGGGAAAUAGCUGCGUUUCUGGCUCAAAUCUCUCAUGAGACGACCGGGGGGUGGGCGACUGCACCAGAUGGACCGUAUGCCUGGGGCUUGUGCUUCAAGGAGGAGGUUAGUCCUGGUAGUGAUUAUUGUGACUCGAGUAAUCAGCAAUGGCCUUGUUAUCCUAACAAAACUUACCAGGGCAGAGGACCUAUUCAGCUUUCAUGGAACUACAACUACGGUCCUGCUGGAAAGGCCUUAGGAUUCGACGGUCUCAGAACUCCAGAAAUCGUUGCCAACAACUCAGUAAUCGCGUUCAAAACCGCCCUCUGGUUCUGGAUGACCGAGCAGAAGCCUAAGCCAUCGUGCCACGAUGUCAUGAUCGGACGCUACAAGCCGACUGCUGCUGAUAUAGCAGCUAACCGGACCGCGGGAUUCGGGUUGGUGACAAACAUAAUCAAUGGAGGGCUAGAAUGUGGCAUUGGGAGUGACUCAAGAGUGAAUGACAGAAUUGGUUUUUUUCAGAGAUAUGCCAAGCUGUUUAAUGUUGACACUGGAAGUAACUUGGAUUGUGCAUCCCAGAAAUCAUUUUAAUCACUGUUUUUCAUUUCUUGCCUCUAACUUUAAAUUUCUACACAAAAUGUAUUAAGAUUGCUGUUUGUGUGCAAAGAGAAGCUAAUUCUGCUGAA